ACGACCCCUGGUCUCGAUUCAUUCAGUCUUUAAGAUGGCAGUCUCCGCCGUGGGUCGAGCAGUGGCGCUGCGAGUGCGUGCUGGUCAGCAUGUUGCUCUUAUCAGGAAAAUUCCUUGGACCGCGUCGACGAAUGAGCUGAGAGAACAUUUUGCUCAGUUUGGCCAUAUAAAAAAGUGUAAUAUACCUUUUGACAGAGAGACUGGCUUUCACAGAGGCGUGGGUUGGGUUCAGUUUUCCAAAGAGGAAGAACUUAAGAAUGCACUACAACAAGAAAAUCAUAUUAUUGAUGGAGUAAAGAUCCAUGUUCAAGCAAGGGGCUCAAACAUCUGAUGAAGAAAAAGACUUCUGAGAUGAUUAUUGUAUUAUCUAUUAAAUAAAUGUUACGAAGAUUUU